AUGUCUGGACUGGCAGCAACACGACUCUGCCCGUCGGGUUUCGAUGGGGUCGCCUGUUGUCGUCGUGUGAGAAGAGGGCAUGACACCACUACUUGGAGGGACGACACUACUCGUACUAGCCUAGCCUACUCUCGCCGGCGGUCGGGUAUUGUCGGACCCCGCGCCUGGCGUAGUACAACUAGUCGCACCGCGACGGCACGGCUAUCUAUCGCUGCUCACCACCCUUAUCGCCACGCCCAGCUGCCACCACACCCCAUUAUCAAACCAGAUCUCCAGAUGCCAUCUCCACACCCUGGGGAAUGCUGGCUGAUCGCCAUGUAUCGCCUUUUUCUCCUCCGCUUCAUUGGCCACGCUAUCAAGGCCAGGUACCAUCACGUGUACCUGACGACGGUAUCAUGCCUUCGCACAAGCUGA